UCUCUCUCUCUCUCACUCUCUCUCUCUCGAAUGUCCUCUCUCUCUCACUCUCUCUUGAUAAUCUGAUAAUUGGGUGAAACCUAAUAUUGCAGAGGUCUGCAACGGCACCAUUGGCACCAUCAUAAACCACCGCAAACAACUAUCGUUGCCACAAUCGACCUCAAUGGUUGCUACAAAUCAGCACCUUCAACUGAAACGACACCAUACCAACGCCUUUUUAUUUUAUAGUCAUGAACAGUUGAAGCACAAUAAAGAAGGAAACCAUCGACUAAACAAGGGGGUCAUGAAGAAUAUUGGGGAUAGGUGGAAGUUGCUUCCACAGGAUGAGAAACAGAAGUUCUUGGAUAUGGAAUAGAUGAGCUCAGCGCAAUAUUUUUUAGACAAGGCUGAACUACCAAAAAAAGCUCGACAGAGGAGAAUCCAAACAAGAAUUUCUUUGGGAUCAAUUGUGCUAAUAGUCAAUAAAUUGAACGAACAACAACGACAGGUGGUGACCGAAAUUGGAUUGGGAGGUUUGUUGGGGAUAGGAUGCACACGACUAAAUCUUGAGUUGUGUGAAUUCCUUGUUCUUAACUUCAAUCCCAAAUCUUGUUCUUUGGAUGUACAUGAUCAUCAAUUUAACCUCACAUUGAAAGACGUUAGUGAUAUAUUGGGAGUACGAUCCAACGGCUGUGACAUUGACGAUCGGGGAUCUCUUGAAGGAACGGAGAGUUUGCAUGAAAGUGUUGGAGUGGUCAAUGGGGUAAUUCCUUUGGAUGGAUUAAGAAAAUAUCUCGAAGACGAAAAGACCGUUGAUGCUGAGGAUGAGUUCAAGCGAAAAUUCACUUUAUAUGCAUUAGGUGCACUUUUAUGCCCAACCACGAAGGUAUCCCUGAAUGUUUCUUCCCUUCAUUUUGUGAAGGAUGUUGAAGUCAUGAAAAAUUACAAUUGGGGGAACUUAACAUUGCACUCCCUAGUCAGUGGCAUCAAAAUUUACCAAGACGAAAAAAGGGUUAAUAUCAGUGGAUGUUUGUUUCUCCUAUUGGUUUUUUACUUGGAUAAUGUUUGUCCAACUUUCGAGAGCACGUAUGCUACUACGCGAUCGAUUCCUCGCCUGUAUGAUUGGGGUGAUUCACAACUCAAAAAGACCUUUCAACUAUUUCGGAGGUUGGGGGGAUUUCAUAAUGAGGUGAAGGUUACUUUCAGUAAGCCGAAUCAAAUGAAUGAUCAUCAUGUCGAUGUGGUAAAAACUGAAAUUUAUGAUGACAUGCGCCACGAUAUUGGUGAGCUAAAGCAUACAAUGAUCUCGAUGAAAGAGAAAAUCAUGACUUGGGAACAAAAGGCCAAUGCACCUGGGGAUGGGUGGAGACACGUCAACAAAUUGGUGAGCUUAAGGAUGUAG